CUUUUUAUUUUUUCUUAUAUUUCCCUCGUUACCUUAAAAAGCUUUCACCGUCCUCCUCCUUUUUUUCUCCUCUCUCUCUCUCUCUCUAUAAGAACCCUAGUAUCUAUCUCUUCGCACCGAUUUGAUUCCGUUGCUCCGUAGAUCUGGUUGUGUGUGAAAUAGCGUUGAGAUAUUUGAAUGGAUGAUGACUUUGCAGAUGGAUAAGAAUACUGCUUCCUCUCCAAGGGAGCGAGCCCAGUCCAUAUUCGAUAAGACUGUUGAAUUGGAAAUCAAGCGUAGGAAGGCUGCUCAGGCUCGGAAUCCGUUUGACCCAAAUCUGUGGCAGCAAAUUCGUGAGAACUAUGAAGCAAUCGUUCUUGAAGAUCACACGUUUUGUGAGGAGCACAAUAUUGAGUUUACUCUGUGGCAGCUUCAUUACAAACGGAUUGAAGACUUUAGAUCACACAUCAGUGCUGUCUUGGCUUCUAGUAACUCCUCGAGUGUGGCUCAGAAUUCAAAGGGUCCAUCUAGGCCUGACAGGGUUGCGAAUCUCAAGCUCCAGUUCAGAACUUUCCUUUCAGAAGCAACUGGGUUUUACCACGAAAUGAUCUUGAAGAUUAGGGCGAAGUAUGGGCUUCCUUUGGGUUAUUUUCAAGAUAGUCAAAAUUUGGCUGAUAAGGAUGGAAAGAAGAUAGCAGAAGUACAGAAAGGCUUGGUAUCUUGUCAUCGUUGCUUAAUAUACCUUGGUGAUCUUGCUCGGUAUAAAGGAUUGUAUGGAGAGGGGGAUUCCAAGAACCGAGAGCAUGCAGCUGCCUCAAGUUACUAUUUGCAAGCAGCUUCCCUAUUGCCAGGCAGUGGAAACCCACAUCACCAGCUUGCUAUAAUUGCUUCCUAUUCUGGAGAUGAGUUUGCAGCAACAUAUCGUUAUUUCCGGAGUUUAGCUGUGGAGACUCCUUUCCCGACUGCCCGUGACAACUUGAUUGUUGCCUUUGAAAAGAAUCGUCAGAGUUAUGCCCAAUUGUUUACGGCUCCCAAAGCCAAAGACUCAUCUAGAAGGCCCACUGGUAAGAGAAGAGGUAAAGGCGGAGAUAUUUCAUCGAAGAAAGAGGCGGACGUGGCAGCUGUUCCUGAGAAGGAUAAAGUAACUAGUGCAGAUGAGAUGCUCAAAGCAUUCUGCAUUAGAUUUGUUCGCCUCAAUGGGAUUCUUUUUACACGAACAAGCCUGGAGACAUUCUCAGAUGUUCUUGCCUCCACUAGCAGCAGUCUACGAGAUCUGAUUUCUUCGAGCUUAAAGGAAGAGAUGAUUUUUGGCAAAGACACCAGUGACAGCGCACUUUUUAUAGUCAGGCUCGUAACAAUUCUUAUAUUUAGCGUGGAUAACUCGAAGAAAGAAAAGGAAGGUCAGUCAUAUGCAGAAAUUGUAAAUCGUGUGGAGCUCGCGAGGAACUCCUUAACAGCAAGUUUUGAGUUAGUUGGACACGUAAUAGAGCAGUGUGCGCAACUGAGCGAUCCUUCGUCAAGUUACUUCCUGCCUGGUGUCUUGGUUUUUGUUGAAUGGUUGGCCUGCUGUCCUGAUAUUGCACUAGGGAGUGAUCCGGAUGAAAAACGGACUGCUGUGAGAAACAGCUUUUGGAACCAGUGUGUUACCUUCUUCAAUCAAAUCUUGACUCUCGGGCCCAGGUAUAUUGAUGAUGUUGAAGAUGAGACUUGCUUCUCGAACAUGAGCACGUAUGAUGAAAGAGAAACUGAAAACAGACUUGCGCUGUGGGAGGACUAUGAGUUAAGAGGAUUCUUGCCAUUGCUUCCAGCUCAGUCUAUUCUCGACUUUUCAAGAAGAAGUUCCUUUGGAAGCGAAGGUCCCAAGGAAAAGAAAGCUCGUAUACAGAGGAUCCUAGCAGCCGGGAAAGCAUUGACCAGUGUGAUCAAGGUUGAUCAGAAUCAUGUGUAUUUUGAUUCAAAGAAGAAGAAAUUUCUUGUUGGUUCUCAACCGUCAGAUGACUUGCUGGAUUCUCAUUCAAGCCCAGCGGAAGCUGAUAAUGUGUUUCAUUUGGGUGAAGAGGAUGAUGAUGAUGAAGAAAUUGUUUUUAAACCUCUAGUUACUGUAAAGAGUAAACGGGCUUCUGACGAAAUAUAUGUUCCUAAUGGAGGCUUCAAAAAUCCUGAUCAAGUUGCUACCAUGGGGGACUUCAAAGCUUUGAAUGUUUCAGAUGCAGCUUUUCAUGAAAAUCUUCUUCUGCAGUCAAGAGGCAACGCAAGUGUUCAACUGCCUGCUUCUGCUGGUACUAACCUUGUGGGACAUCUUCUGCCGUCAACACAGUCCCAGGGUGUGCAGUUGCAACAGUUUCAGACACAGUCAGUGCAUCCUCAGCCAGCUCAAUCGCUAGCCUCUGCACGACUUCAACAAAUGCAAUCACAGGUUGCGCAACAAUCGCAGGUAGCACUACUUCAACAACUGCAGUCACGGGCUGUGCAUUUUCAAGAUCCUCAUGGACAGGUUCCGCAUGUUUCAAUGGCCCAAUCACAAUCUGCUUCCCUUGGUGGUAGCAAGUGGUUACCAGAAGAAGCUGCCAGUAGCCUACCUGGUUUUGCUCAGAUGGGUAACGGUCAUGUGAUGAGGAAUGAGAUGCAAGGAAAUCAUGGAGUUUCCUAUUACCCUGCACACUCGUUGCCGAUCCACCAGUCUUUCAAUGUCAAUGGUAUGGCUGGUAUGCCGUAUUCUCAGUCACGAACAUCUGAAGCCAUGUUGCGACCCAUAAUUGAUGCUACUUUGUCUUCUGGAAUGAUUUCUGAUGGCAUGGGCGUGCAAUCUUCGGUAGCAAGAAAAAGUCCAAUCAGUAGAGCCUCCAAGCAUCUUGGCCCACCGCCUGGGUUUAACUCAGUUCCCUCUAAGCUGCAAAAGGAUCUAGCACCCGGUCCAGAUAUGUCUGGCAGCAGUCUACCGGCUGAUGAUUACAGCUGGUUGGAUGGAUACCAAGGUCAGUCUCACCAAGGCAUCGGUUUCAACAGUUCUUUGAAUUACGCUUCUUCUGGGAAGCCAGAAUACAAUGGGCCUGCUAACUUUCCGUUCCCUGGAAAACAAGCUCUAGCAGCAUCACAGGCCCAAGCAGAACUACCGCAUUUUCAGCAUCCUCAGAAAGAUAACUUGGUGAACGUGAACUAUCAAUCAGCUCAACUGCCCCAGCAAUACCAAGGACAGCCCAGUUGGUCAAAUCGUCACUUUGUGUGAGGUCAGAAUGGAAGAGUAACACGGUACGAGUGAGUGUUACGUAAUGUUUGCUGCUACCUAACUUCAACUGAACCUCGUUCUGUUGAAGUCUAUCUAGUUGGAGUCUUUGUGGCCUUGGCUUGUUGUGGAGGCACUUCCUACCUGACAGAUUCAGGACACAGCUCAUGUUGGUUAAAGAGAUGUAUGGUAACAAGAAUGAAUGGUUUCUGCGGAAUUGAUACGAGUAAAGUGCCUUUCUCUUACUACUUGAAGUGGAGAUGUUAGACCAUAUAUGAAUGAAUAAGAAAGGAAAGUACCUUGUGGCUCUCGCUCUGGAUGAGGCUCUCUCACUUUAUAUUUAUUUAUUUUCUUGCAAAUAAUGUUUUAGCUGUUCUCUUACAGCGAAUAUUUCUCUCUUGGGUUGCUUUGCUCCGUCUGUUCUCUUACAGCUAAUAUUUCUCUCUUGGGUUGCUUUGCUCUGCCUUAACUCUCUCUUUUGUUCUAUUUCAGUCUCAAACUUGUCUUUGUUUUGUUGUGUCGAACAUGACAAGGUUUGUGAAACUCUGCAAAAUGGAUUUGAAUAAAAAAGACUCUUUGUUGAAAUAA